AUGGAAAAUAUGCAUCUAAGACGCGUCAGAACCAUGCCCCGACACAGCCAGUCCCUGACCAUGGCACCCUACUCUGUAAACCUCAUGGAGCAACUGGAAGACAGGAUCCUGUGCCACGAGAAAACAACCGCCGCCCUCGUGGAGCACGCCUUCCGAAUUAAGGACGACAUCGUCAACAGCUUGCAGAAAAUGCAAAACAAAGGGGGAGGCGACCGCUUGGCCCGGCUCUUCCUGGAGGAGCACAUCAGAAACAUAACGGCCAUCGUGAAGCAGCUGAACCGGGACAUCGAGGUCCUUCAGGAGCAGAUCCGUGCCCGGGACAACAUUAGCUACGGAACUAAUUCUGCCUUAAAGACGCUGGAGAUGCGGCAGCUGUCCGGUUUGGGGGAUCUUCGAGGGAGAGUGGCAAGAUGUGAUGCCAGCAUAGCCAGACUCUCCGCGGAGCACAAAUCUACCUAUGAGGGCCUUCAGCACCUGAACAAAGAACAGCAAGCUGCCAAACUUAUCUUGGAAACAAAGAUCAAGGACGCAGAGGGCCAGAUUUCUCAGCUUUUGAACAGAGUGGACUUGUCAAUAUCUGAGCAAAGCACCAAACUGAAGAUGUCCCACAGAGAUAGUAACCACCAGCUUCAGCUCUUGGAUACUAAAUUUAAAGGUACAAUUGAGGAACUCAGUAACCAGAUUUUAUCUGCUCGGAAUUGGUUGCAGCAGGAACAGGAACGGAUAGAAAAAGAACUUUUACAGAAAAUCGAUCAGCUCUCCUUGGUUGUUAAGGAAAACAGUGGAGCCAGUGAGAGGGACAUGGAGAAGAAGCUCAGCCAGAUGUCAGCCAGACUGGACAAAAUAGAAGAGAGUCAGAAGAAGCAUAUGGAAGGGCAGAGAACAAAGCAAGAAGAAGAAAAGGUGCAUGGACGAAUCAGCAAGCUGGAGUUGCAGAUGACGGAGGACAUGAAGGAAAUGAAAGCAGAAGUUGAUGCUGGGUUUACAGCCAUCUAUGAAAGCAUAGGAUCCCUCAGACAAGUUCUUGAAGCCAAGAUGAAAUUGGACAAGGACCAGCUACAGAAACAAAUCCAACAGAUGCAGAAGCUGGAAGCUCCCAUGUGA